AUGAGCGAGGUGCGGGAGCAGAUCAACAGCAAAGUGGCGGAGUGGAGGGAGGAGGGGAAGGCUGACAUCAUCCCCGGGGUGCUGUUCAUAGACGAGGUUCACAUGCUGGACAUGGAGUGCUUCUCGUUCUUGAACCGAGCCCUCGAGAGCGACAUGGCUCCCGUGCUCAUCAUGGCCACCAACCGCGGCAUCACCAGGAUCCGAGGCACGAGCUACCAGAGUCCGCACGGACUGCCCAUCGACCUGCUCGACCGACUGCUCAUCAUCUCCACAUCGCCAUACAGCGAGCGCGAGACUCAGCAGAUACUCUCCAUCCGCUGCGAGGAGGAGGACGUGGAGAUGAACGAGGAUGCCCUCACCGUGCUCACCAAGAUCGGGAUGGAGACUUCGCUCCGCUACGCCAUCCAGCUCAUCACGGCAGCCAGCCUCGUGUGUCGCAAACGCAAGGGAACGGAGGUGCAGGUAGAGGACAUCAAGCGGGUCUACUCGCUCUUCCUGGACGAGGCGAGGUCCACGCAGUACAUGAAGGAGUAUCAGGACGCGUUCAUGUUCAACGAGAUGCGCCCCGAGGUGACGAUGGACACGUCUUAAACGAGGCAGCGCACGCGAGAGAGGAGGAGGGGGGGGAGACGGGACGACGACAUUCGGACCACGGGGCUUGAUUCCACGUCGCGUGCGUUGUGCGUGUGUGUGCGUGUGUGUAUAUGCAGGGUGCUUAAAAACAAAACAAGUAUAACCCGUAAAAACUAAGUUUUUCACUAUAAAUCCUUUAUAUGCGUGGCGGCUAGAGUCCUCUCGUCCUCUGGCUUGAGAUGGCUGCCACCUAUGGGUCAGAUGAUUGUCUGCCAGUAUUAAGCAAUUGGUAAUUAAACAUUUAAUUUGUUUUCCCUAAACAGUGUACAAUUUUGGGAAUUUUUUUUCACGAACAUUAAUUGUCUCGCACAACGAGUCUGCGUGCAAAAUGUCAGCUCGAUUGGAUCACGGGAAGUGGGUUAAGAAACGACCGAAAGAUUUGCACGGUCGUAAGCAAGCAAGCAAGCACGCAAGCAAGCGAACUUAAUAUAAAGGAUUUAAAAACGAAACGUUAAUGACGCUUCUGAGAAUUUGCAACUGAUGCUACGAGAGAAAUUUGCCUCUCCGGGUUCCCGGAUGACAACCUGUGGUGGGGAGGGAUUCCCGGCACACGCGUUGACGGCGAAUGUCGGAGGAGCGGCGGGAGACUUUCAUUCUAGAUUUGAAGCUUUCGUGACUGCAAGGAUUCGUGCUCGUAGGUUUUUUCUCGGUAAAGUCGUCACGUAGGUAAAAAAAAUGAAAUAAAAUUAAAAGUUAAUGAAAGUAAUAAUGGAAAUAAAAUAAAUCACGACGUUUCGGAGGCAACACAAGUGUCCGUCGUCACUUGAUGCAGUGAUUUUAGCUGUGACGGUCCCAGCUGAUGACGGAGACUUGUGUUGCCUCCGAAACGUCGCACACACACGCACGCACGCGUGCUUAGGGGCCAUCCAUUUAGUACGUACGCAUGAGGCGGGGGGGUUAACCCAAAUGCGUUCGCUUGCGUAUGGGGGGGGGGUCUACUGACAAUGUACGUAGCAUAGGAAACGGGGGGGGGGGGGGGUAAAGCCUCGAUAAUUUGUCUACAUUGGCCUUCAAAUGAAUUAAAUAGUUCGGCGGUGGACGAUCUGUUUGCUUAAACACCUUAAUAGUAUUAAUCCUUGAUCGUGAUUCAAUAUCGGCCGUUCUAUAGGAUUCGGGGGGUGGGGGGGGUGCGUCAAGCAUACGUACGUACGAAGAUGGGGCGGAGGUGUAUAACAAGUACGCGUGCGUACAGGGAGGAGGGGUUCAAGUUUUGACAGAUUUUUGCGAACCUACUAAAUGGGUGGCCCCUUGCACCUCUACUGAAAGUUGGGGCGUACGAUCGGGCAAAGUUGGAGAGAGUUUCCCUCCCCCGUUUUUUUUGGUUAAAUCUUGAGAUGUAUUUUCCCCUGAUGGGUUGGAAGUUAAAACCGACCUUUGUGUGUGUUGUGUGUGGGGGGGGGGGGGUUUAGAUUUUGUUUGCGUUAUUGUUUGCGGUGGUGACGCAGCUAAAUGUUUUUCACGGUGCCGAUUUGAAUAUAAAGAAAUAAAAUCUACCUUUGUUUG